UUGAAAGAUGGCGAACAGAUUUUUAUGCAGGACCAUUUGCAUAGGAAUCUGUCAAUUUUGAUGUUUUUUAUUUUCUGAAAAAUAUUAACAUUUCUUCAUAUUUCACUUCCUUUAUAAACCCAGCAGGAUGAAGGCUGUAAAACAAUGGAACCAAGAUUAAUAAUGAGAUAUUGAUGAUAGUUGUUAUGAAGAACUUUUAUCAUGAAUGAAAUAUGCUUGGAGAAUACAUCAUCUCAUAAACAUCUAUUUUAUAGGCUCCAGACAUGGCUACAAAACACAGAGACCUUCCACAAGCUUUGUUGCUGUUAAGUGAAAUGAAUCUUAGUGCACAACAUGUUGCAUCUUUAGUAGACAAUAUGAUCCAAAGAGUUAGAAAAGGUGAACUCACCACAGACCAGGGCCUCAGUUUCUUAGAAAUGAAGUACAAUAUGUUACUAAGUUAUCUAAUCAACUUAACAUAUGUAGUAUUGAGAAAGUGUGCAGGUGAGAAAAUAGAAGAUGAUCCUUGCAUAGAUAGAUUGAUUGAAAUCAGGACCAUAUUGGAAAAAAUAAAACCCAUUGAUCAUAAACUGAAGUAUCAAAUUGACAAAUUGGUGAAAACAGCAGUUAUUGGAACUGACCCAGAUGAUCCAACUAAGUACAAAGCUAAUCCUGAGAAUCUUAUCAGAAAUUCUGAUGAAUCUGGAAGUGAUGAUGAUGAGGAGCAGAAGAUGAAAAAGGAAAACAAUAAAACUGGAGUUUAUGUUCCUCCAAAGCUCUCUGCUGUUCACUAUACAGGCGAUGAAUCUGCUCAAGACAGAAAGAAACGUCUGCAAGAGAAAUCCAAGAAGAGUGCCCUAUCAGCCUCCAUAAUGCAGGACCUCAGAGAAGAAUACCUAGACACGCCGACAGUGGUGACGCAGAGCAGCAGGGCUCAGCAGAUGCUGUCCAAGCAGCAGCAAGAGAGACAGGCGUACGAGGAGGAGUACAUGACGCGUUUGCCGGUGAGCAAGGGCGACAAGCACAAAGGGCGCGGUCGGCUGACGACCUUGGGAUCCUUGGGAGACGAGAUCACGGACUUCGGGACCGCGCAACCGGGUAGCGGCGGUAAGAGGAAGAGGAAAAGCUUGACGAAAUCGAAAGGGAAGAGUUUCAAACGUAAACGGUUUCACUGA